AUGGCCACACAAGGCGAUCCUUUUCAAAAUGUUCCCUUGACUUCACUUUCCUUAACUCACGUUGAGUUUUCUUCGGAAGAUAAAAUUGCCUAUGCAUUUGCAUACAUUACUCUCUUACCCCUUGCCAUCCUUAUAUUCUAUGCAUCUGUGAUUGUUUCCCGUAGAGAACUAGCAGGAAUCUUUAUGUUGGCAGGGCAACUGUUAAAUGAAGGUCUUAAUGCUGUCCUAAAAGAAUAUUUAAAGAUGCAUCGUCCCCAUGGUCAUUUGGGAACGGGCUAUGGUAUGCCAUCAAGCCACGCUCAAUUCAUUUGGUUCUUUGCCGUGUACGGUUCUCUUUACUUGAAAAAGGCGAUUCAUCUAGAUAAUUCGGUCUGGAAAGUACUUGUUAGUUUUGGAAUGUUUGGUUUGGCUAUUCUAGUCUCAGUAUCUCGGAUAUAUCUUGGUUACCACACAUCUGGACAAGUUGCUGUAGGGGCUUCUAUUGGAUCAAUUUUUGGUAUUUUGUGGUACUGUUUGGUCGAACAUGUAAUCCGACCUUCUGGUCUAGUCGAGCUUAUCCUGAGACAAAGGUUUGCAAAAUUGGUGUAUUUACGAGACUUGCGAUCUGUGGAUAAUGUUGCAAAGUUGGAGUAUCAGCAGUGGGAGAGCUUUGUGGCAGGUCAGAAGCCAAAAGCUGCUUAA